CGGGUCAGGGAGCGGCGCUCUGUGCGCGGCAGAUUCGAAGCGGACGGGCGGGCAGCGGCCGGCGGCAUGGACGAGGCGGUGGGCGACCUGAAGCAGGCGCUGUCCUGCGUGGCCGAGGCGCCCGCCGUGCACGUGGAGGUGCUGCAGCGCGGCGGCAGCACUGCAAAGAAAGAAGACAUUAAGCUGAGCGUCCGGAAGCUGCUCAACAGGCACAACAUUGUGUUUGGUGACUAUACGUGGACUGAGUUCGAUGAACCUUUUCUGACCAGAAAUGUGCAGUCUGUGUCUAUUGUUGACACGGAGCUGAAGGCUAAAGACCCUCAGCCCAUUGACUUGAGCGCCUGCGCGGUCGCGCUCCACAUCUUCCAGCUGAAUGAGGACGGCCCCAGCAGCGAGAACCUGGAGGAGGAGACGGAGAACAUCAUCGCAGCGAGCCACUGGGUGCUGCCUGCAGCUGAAUUCCACGGGCUCUGGGACAGCCUGGUGUACGACGUGGAAGUCAAGUCGCACCUCCUGGAUUACGUGACGACGACCUUGCUGUUCUCGGACAGGAACGUGGACAGCAACCUCAUCACCUGGAACCGCGUGGUGCUGCUGCACGGUCCUCCAGGAACAGGGAAGACGUCCCUUUGUAAGGCUUUAGCCCAGAAACUCACCAUCAGACUGUCGAGCAGGUACCGGUACGGCCAGCUGAUCGAAAUAAACAGCCAUAGCCUCUUUUCUAAGUGGUUUUCAGAAAGUGGCAAGCUGGUGACCAGGAUGUUCCAGAAGAUUCAGGACUUGAUUGACGAUAAGGAAGCACUAGUGUUUGUGUUGAUUGACGAGGUGGAGAGCCUCACGGCGGCCCGCAGCGCCUGCAGGGCUGGUGCCGAGCCCUCGGAUGCCAUCCGCGUGGUCAACGCCGUCCUGACCCAGAUCGAUCAGAUCAAAAGGCACUCCAACGUGGUGAUCCUGACCACCUCCAACCUCACCGGGAAGAUCGACGCCGCCUUCGUGGACAGGGCUGACAUCAAGCAGUACGUCGGGCCGCCCUCUGCCGCCGCCAUCUUCAGGAUCUACCUCUCCUGUUUGGAAGAGCUGAUGAAGUGCCAGAUCAUAUACCCCCGCCAGCAGCUGCUGACCCUCCGAGAGCUGGAGAUGAUUGGCUUCAUCGAAAACAACGUGUCCAAGUUGAGCCUCCUCCUGAGUGAGAUUUCAAGGAAGAGCGAGGGCCUGAGCGGCCGGGUCCUGCGGAAGCUCCCUUUCCUGGCUCACGCACUGUACAUCCAGGCACCCACCGUCACCAUCGAGGGCUUCCUCCAGGCACUCUCCCUGGCGGUGGACAAGCAGUUUGAGGAGAAGAAGAAGCUCUCGGCGUGCGUUUGACCCUGGGCGUCCCUGACGGAGCCCGAGGCUGCAGCUGGGUGGCACUGACCGACUCAGCUGCCUCUGGAACCCUCGGACACUCCCAGGUCCCCAGGCCAGAAUGCAGGCAGUGGAGCCUCGUCAGAGCCAGGGCCCUGUCCACCUUAUUUAAAAUGUGCAUCAGAAGGCAGCAGCCGACCUUUUCAGUUUUUAAAAGAUAGUUUGAAUUCCGUUGG